GGUUGCUGGGCGGCGGCGCCGCUCCUGAGCGGCGGUCGGGCUCGCCGUCUCCACCUCCUCCCGUCCGUAAUCAGUGACGAGGUCCGCUACGUAAAUCCCAUCGCGGCGGGAUAAAGAAGAAAACAGAGAAGGAACAAAGCAUUGAUUACAGAUGUCUUAAUAAUGAGCAAAUGUGGCAGAAAAAAAUAUAUUAAGACAAAUCUAAGACAAAUGACCAUGGAAACAAUUGAAUCUCAGCAGGAUGGAAGUGUAACAGAUUCUGUGGCUGAGAGCGAAUCUGCUCAUAUGCAGACCCAGACUGGUCAAAAUUCAAUCCCUACUUUAGCUCAGGUUUCUGUAGCUGGAUCAGGCACCGGAAGAGGCUCCCCAGCUGUAACUCUAGUACAGUUACCUUCAGGCCAAACUGUACAUGUCCAGGGAGUAAUUCAGACACCACAGCCAUCGGUUAUUCAGUCACCACAAAUACAAACUGUUCAGGUAGCAACAAUUGCAGAGACAGAUGAGUCUGCAGAAUCAGAAGGUGUAAUUGAUUCUCAUAAACGUAGAGAAAUCCUUUCACGAAGACCCUCUUAUAGAAAAAUACUGAAUGAACUUUCCUCUGAUGUGCCUGGUGUUCCCAAGAUUGAAGAAGAAAAAUCAGAGGAAGAAGGAACGCCACCUAACAUCGCUACCAUGGCAGUACCGACUAGCAUAUAUCAGACUAGCACGGGGCAAUACAUUGCUAUAGCCCAAGGUGGAACAAUCCAGAUUUCUAACCCAGGAUCUGAUGGUGUUCAGGGACUGCAGGCAUUAACAAUGACAAAUUCAGGAGCUCCUCCGCCAGGUGCUACAAUUGUACAGUAUGCAGCACAGUCAGCUGAUGGCACACAGCAGUUCUUUGUCCCAGGCAGCCAGGUUGUUGUUCAAGAUGAGGAAACUGAACUUGCCCCAAGUCACAUGGCUGCCGCCACUGGUGACAUGCCGACUUACCAGAUCCGAGCUCCUACUACUGCUUUGCCACAGGGAGUAGUGAUGGCUGCCUCACCAGGAAGCUUGCACAGUCCCCAGCAACUAGCUGAAGAAGCAACACGCAAAAGAGAGCUGAGGCUAAUGAAAAACAGGGAAGCUGCUAAAGAAUGUCGACGUCGAAAGAAAGAAUAUGUAAAAUGUCUGGAGAGUCGAGUUGCAGUGCUGGAAGUUCAGAACAAGAAGCUCAUAGAGGAACUUGAAACUUUGAAAGACAUUUGCUCUCCUAAACCAGAUUAGUAGAAAUAUUUAACUAUGAACUGAUUACAACAUGUACAGUUGCUUUUGAAGGCAAUACAAUAUAUAGCCAGCAAGAAUUAUGGCUUUUUUCCUUUGUAUCAUUCAUCGUAUUCUCUAACCUCUGACAUUCCUAAAAUGCUUCACUGUACGUAGUUAACUCUUAGCUGUAACUUCAAUUUUUUUUUUUAAAGAGACAAGCUGUAAAAAAAAAAAAAAAAGAAAAUGUAUGUAACAGAUUCUUAAAAUGCAAUAUUUGUAAGACUUAUUCCAAUGCCACAUAUUUGCAGUUCCCAACCUCUGUCAUGAAUAGUGUCCUAUGCAAUAAAAUUUUUUGCAGGUCUUUAAAAAUCAUUUUAGGAAAAGGAUGAUCAAAGAUAAUGCAUCCAGCAGUACAAUAAAAGCAAACCACAAAAAAAUACCUCAGGAAAGAAUUGAAGGAAAGAAAGAAUCAAAAGAAUCUAAUGACAUGCCUAUAUGGAAAUAAGAGCCUAUAAAUGAAUUUAUGGCAUUUACAGAUUUUUAUAUUAGUUGCUUUGUAAAGAAAGUAUUGUAUUGCUGUCCUUGAAUGGCAUAGUUGAAGAGAGUUUUUAAUAGAACCAUGCUGGUUACACUUUGUAGUGUUUGGUGCUCAUUUAACUAUCUGAACUUUUACUACAGUUUUUACUCUAUUGUGUAAUAUAAAAGAUCUUGCGUAAGUUCUUAGUGUCUGUUUGAAUGAAUGAACCUCAUGAAAGUUACAACAAAUUUUUAAUAUAUCUGGAAUGUGUUAAAAGUAAAAGUUAAUAUUGUAUUUGCAAACCUUCAAGGACACACGAGCCAAUUUCUACACCAGGUUUUGCUCUCUGCAGAUGCUCUUUCUGCCAUCUUGUAGGAAGGAUGGCCCCAGAGCUGUUUCAUAGAAGAGCAGCUACAGAGACUCAGGUCAUGUGAUGAUGGACAAAGCCUUUCUGCAGAUAGGCCCUUACUUUGAGUUUUAGCUAAUGGCCAUAGUAGUUUUAAAGUAAAGACAAAAACAACCCAAGAUUUUAUUUUCCAUUUCAAAACAGCUUGAAGUCUGUAUCAGAUUAAGGAUUUUUAUGACAACACA